AUGAAAGUAGCUGUUACAUUUGUUAAUCUUUUUUUUAUGGCAGGUGCCAUAUUAUUAUUAAUUUUCACUGUUUUAUCAGGUUCUUCAAAACAUGCACCAUUAAAUAAAUUUUAUUGGUUACAAGCUGAUACUUCAGAUAUUCCAAAUGCUCCAGCUAAUAGAAGUGCAUGGACAUUUUGGGGUGUUUGUGAUAAAAAUGAUUUUUCAAAUUGUUUAUUAGGUCCAGCUUAUCCAAUUGAUCCUCAAGAUAAUUUUGGUACUACUGAAAAUGUUCCUGAAGAUUUCCUUAAUAACGAAAAUACUUUUUAUUAUUUAAGUAGAUUUUCAUUUGCAUUCUGUUUAAUUGCUUUAGCAUUUGUUGGUUUAGCUUUCAUUAUUGAUAUUUUAGGAUUAUGUUUUGAAAUUAUUGAUAAAGUUGUUAUUAUUUUAAUUACUAUUGCUUUAAUUUUCAUGGCUGGUUUUGCUGCUAUGCAAACUGGUGUUACUGUAUUGGCUAAAAAUGCUUUCAGAAAUGCUGAUAGAUAUGCUCAUGUUGGUGCUAAAUCAAUGGGUAUUAUGUGGGCUGCUUUUGUUUGUAUUUUAAUUUGUUGGGUCUUGACUUUCUCAGCUAAUAUCGCUAAUAGUUAUAGAAAACACAUGAAUAGAGUUAAAGCCGAAAAACAAGCUGCUAAUGGUGGUGUUCCAAUUCUUGGUCCAAAUGAUGGUGAUGAAUCUAGUUUCACAAGAGUUAAUCCUCCUUCUGCUGAUAUUAAAGAUGAAGAUCAUACUGGUGGUAUUAGAUUCUUUAAAAUUAAAAGAAAUCAUAAAGUUUCCGAUGAAGAUUCUGUUUAG